CAACAGUAACCACCAUACUCACACAACACUUCAAUCAACUCCAUUCAAGCCCAACCAACUACCUAUAUCAACUCUUAUUCAAACUUCAUACCGCAAUCAUGUCAGGAGUGAUGGACAAAGUCAAGGCCAAGGUCGACCAGGUGAUGCACAAGGACAAGACCCAUGAUGAUCCCACUGGUCCUCACAGCUCUCAUACUGCCAACACUGCCGAUCCUACGGUACAUAAUACUUCUAAUGCUACCACUGGCACUGGGGGCUUCUCCGGCACCCACCAUGGCUCUGGUGUAAGCACUGGUCUCGGUACUUCUGGUAGCCAUGGCGAGCGCAACCCCGAGUACACAUCUACUACCCAUGGUACUACUGGUCUUGGAUCAUCGGCCACUCAUGGCAGCACUGGUCUCGGAUCCUCAACUACCCACGGCUCUACCUCCCACAAUGACCCUACUGGUCCUCACGGCUCCCACAUGGUGAACAAGGCCGACCCCAGGGUCGACUCCGACCGUCUUGGAAACGCCGGUAACACUGCUGGCGCAGGUGGCUAUGGUGCUGGACAGUAUACUGAGUCUCACGGCACCCAUGGUACUACUGGCAGCGGCCUCACCGGCACAGGGCUCGGCUCUUCGACUACUGGAGCUUACGGCUCAGGUAACAGCAGCGGACUGACUGGUGGUCACGGCACUGCCGACUUCAACGACCCAACCGGUCCACACAGCUCACGCAUGGCCAACCAGGCUGACCCUCGCGUCGGUGGUGUUGGUAACACUGGAACUGGCGCAUACAACACUACCGGAACCGGUCUCACCGGCCACAGCACUACCGGUGGUCUCGGACACUCCCAUAACGACCCUACCGGCCCCCACAGCUCCCAUAUGGCCAACUCUGCUGACCCACGAGUUGGGGGUGUAGGUAGCACUGGCGGUCUUGGUCACUCUCACAAUGACCCCACUGGCCCUCACAGCUCUCACAUGGCCAACUCGGCCGACCCGCGUGUCGGAGGUGUAGGCAGUACGGGUACAGGCGCCUACGGCAGCAACGCCGGCGGCAUUGGCUCAGGCAACAUGGGCCAAGGAGGAUACACCACAGGUGAGCACGUCAAGACCGUCCCAGGGGAGGUUGAGGGAACAGGCCGUGACAACCUCUCUCACCGCAACAACGAGAGUGGCGAUCUUCCCAAGGCCCUCACCGAGCCUGUUUCCCACGCUGAGCCUCACUCUACUCUGCAACAUGACCAACACGCUUCAGGUGGCGUUCACGGCACUCAUGGUACCACUGAUGUUCACGGCAAGCCAUCUAUGAUGGAUAAGCUGAACCCCAAGAAGGACGCUGACCACGACGGCAAGGCUGGCAUCAUGGACUAGAUUCCUCGUCAUCUUUUUGCUAUGUCACUCGUAGUGUGUUGCGAGAGCAAGUCACAUGAUGGUUUUGAUGGCAUGAUUUGCACGAAUACCCCCAAGUAGCGUAGUAGCUCAAUGAAUAGUAAUCUCCCUGUCAACUUGGUUCUCUCGUGGUUCUCGCUGUUGAUGAGCAAUGUCAUGCUUGGCCGUCAUGUGCAUCCAUGAUGCUAUUAACAUAGAACUAUGAUUUCACCUGUAC